AUGCAAAAUUCUAUGCUUAGCAUUGAAAUUUUGAUAUCGAUUAUUUUUAAAGCAUAAGAGAUUAGUAUUACUGUUGAUUAGAAUUCGAGUUGGAAUAGAGAAAUGAAGUAUUGAAAGAAUAAUAUAUCAAUUAGUCUCAUUUUCUAAUUCGUUAGAUAUUGUGUGGCUUUUGAGUAAAAUUCUCAGUUUUACUUUGCACUCAUAAUCUAUUUAUUUUUGUUCAUGCACAUUGCCUUUUUAUUCCUGUUUAUAAUACAUUUAGUACGAGAAGAAAAAGAGAGCACCUUCUCAUUCCAAAUUUUACACUAUUGUUUUACCUAUUACUCUUCUUUGAUUUAUACGCCAGUAAUAUAUUCUGCUUUGCUAACAUAUUAUGAAAUAGCAACAGGAGACCGCACUUUUAUUGCUCAAAACUCAAAUGAAAUUUUUUUGAUAAUUUCGUGCACUAUAAAUCUCUCGAUGUCCAUAUUAAUGAAAUUAGUGCAUUUAUAUUUUUCUGAAUCGCCAACCCUAAUAGGAGAUAACAACAUCAUAGUUUUGGAAAGUUAAAUGAUACUUAAUGUAAUCAAGGAAAUUUUAAUGUUUCUUUCAGUGGUUUUAAAGAUUUAUAAAUACCAAUAGAUAAUUAGAGUCGUUUUAGUCUUUUUAAAGCAAGGGAUAUCCUUGAUUUAACAACUGAAUAAGAAAAACUGUUUCAUUCAUGUGCUGAUUAAGGUAGUCUCAAUGGUUACAAUAUUUGGCCUCUUUAGCGGGGUUUCAAUUUGCGAGUAUUUAUUGUUAGUUUCAAUUUUCUUAUAUAUCACUAUUUCAAUUGUACAUACUAUAAGAUUGAAGUACAUAAUGACUCAAAAUUAGGCCAAUAUCAUAACACUUUAGGUAGAUUAUUUAAUUUAAUUUAAGUUAAUUUAAUUAUCUUUACAUUUGAGUAAUUCUUAAGAAAAUUAGAUUUUCGUAUAAAUUGCCUUUAAAUUACACAAGUGUUCAAAGUGCAAGCAACCUUCAGAUAUGAUUUAUUGUUUAUUCAAAAGUAUUGUCAGAUAAACAUCCGAAAUCACGUAUGUCAUUAAAUUUUGCUAUUUUCUAUCAGAGAAAUACCCGAUUAAAUCGCUAAUAAAAUUAUUGAAAAUUCAAACCAGUAAUUUGUAUUUCCUUGGAACCACUUAAAAUUUAAUCCAAUACUUGAGAUUACAAAGUGACUUAUUACUCGAAUUGUCUCAAAAAGAUGUAUAUGCCAAAAAAAAGGAGAAUAUCUCUAAACAAUUACGAGCUUAAACAAUUUACGAGUGCUAUUUCUCAUCCUAAGAAAUAUUCCCCAGUUUCGAAAGAGUUAUCAUUUCAAAGAUCAACUUUUACAAUCAUUUAAUCAAAGGAUAUGACAGCGUUAACACUUACAUUAAUGAAGCUUUGUCUCUUUCUUAAAAUAUUAUGAAAUGUAAGUAGUUAAUGAACCAAAAAUACGACAUGGUCAAUGAAAGUCUCAAAAGUUCCAGUAUCUCUGAGACAUUAAGUAUGAGAAUUAUACAAAUAUACUAUUCGGCCAUAUACAACAAUUAAUAUCUGUCCUUUUAAAUCGAAAAGAAAAUUGAAGAACAUUUGAAAAGUGAAAGAUUUCGAUAAGAUGAGCCAUUAAGUAGCAUAUAAUUAAUUCAAAGUAAUGAAUAGAUUUAUACCAGAUAGAGUAUUUAUAUUUUAAUCAAGCUUAAUCAAAAAUAGAGGCGAAUUCAUUAAUUUAGAUACAAAGAAGUUGUCCACCUUCUUGGAGGAAAAGGAUGAAGACCUUAAAUAUAUAAAGCAUUGUUCCUAAUUAAUGCCAUAAUUUUUAUCGGAGAUCCAUGACUAACUCAUAGAUAAAUAUAUAAUAAAUGGCUACACGCAGACUCAAAAAUAGAGUCGAAAAACCUUCAUAUUGACUUAAGAAGGGUAUGUAGAGCCUUGUGUUUUCAAUAUUUAUCCUCACUUUGAUAUUGACAAUAAUGAUUUCAUCAUGAAUGUUAUUAUGAGUAAGUCGUAAUAACACGAAAUGAUUUUGUUUGGGGUAGAUGGGUCAAUCAAUGGAUUAACUAAGUAGUUUUAUGAAAUUGCUGCCAAAUCUAAUUAUCACUUUAUGAAAAUCUUUAAGAACGAUAAAAGAAUUUCAAAAGAUUAAUCAAGCAUUCAAGCAUUUUUAGAAAAAAAACCUUUAAUACAAUACUAUAUUCCAAACAUUCUGUUUUAGAUUGAUUAAUUGGCAAAAUAGUAUUAAAAAACUAAAUCCUAUUAACUAACUAAUUAAAAAUCUACUUGGGUCAUUCCAAACAAUCAUUAGCAAUGUUUGAUGUCAACCCAGAACUUAUUGGAUCCCUUUAAAGUCUAAAAUUCUUAUUAUGAGAGAUCUUAAAAAAGAAGAAAUCCUCAAAUGUCAAUUUUGAAAUCAAGAUUUGAUGCAAGCAGGAGUCGUUAAACAUUCUAUGAUGCACAACAUGUCGAUUUGAAUGACAAAGAAAUUGAUGGAAUUCCAAUUAUUUUACUUUAGCCCUAUUUAUAAUCUUAACUAGUUGAUAUUGUAGAUUUCGGAGAUGUCUCAAAGUCUUAAUUUCAAUUAGCGCUCUAAUACGAUUUACAAUUUAAUACUGUUGAAAUUCCGAAAAAGAAAAUUGGUUAUUUCAUCUUGACUUUCACAGAUUUUAAAGUCUUAUCAACUCAAUCGAUUUAUUCUGGUCCUACUCCUCCUAAUGAAUAAAACCUGAUGUCUGGAUUUUUUGAAGAUAAAAUAUGCUAGAAUUCCACAUUGGCUCAAGCUAUGACUUGUGCCAACAAAUAAGAGCAAUAAGGCAACAAAUAAGAGUAAUAUGAUAUCAUCAGCGAAGCAAGACAGGAAUAUAAGGCAGUAAAUGAUACACAUGAAGUUUAAAAGGAUAAUGAGUAUUUAAAUUUUAGUAGCGCCAAUUAAAGUUAUGAAUAGCAUUUGUUUAAAAAUUAGAUUCCUUAAAAAUCCUCUGAAACACAAGGUCAAUACGAUACCUAUAGGACACAAUUAGGACCAUUAAUAUUAAAAUCUAAGUUUUCUGAAAAUUAUAACAUUGAAGAUAUUGAUUUAAAUGAUCAUAAUGAAUAAGUAAUUGCAAUAUUGAUUAUUUAAGUUGAAGAAAUAGAAACCAUCUAAAACUGAUCUUCAAGUCAGUAAAAAAUAAGAUGAGAAAAGCAGAACCAAGUCUCAUUUAAAAGAAUAUUUUUCGAGUAAGAAAGAUGAAAAUAAUGAUUUUGCAUCCAAUCGUUCAAGAUCAUCUGUCUGCUCAACUUAAAGGGAAACCUAGUUUUUGGUUGAAUAACUAUAUUCCAAAACUCAACUUAUCUUGCCUUUGUAAAAAAUUGUUAUAAUUUUGGUGAUGAUUUUAAUCUGUAUAAUAGUCAUAUCAUUGACAGAUUACUUAGUGGUUGUACAAAAUCUAGAUUAAUAGACAACUGGAGUGAUGAACUUAUUAGAACCAUAAAAUAUAACUUAUUUUUAUUCUUCUGUAGUUUAUUAACUUUGGACAAUCUAAUUACAAUAAGAAAAUAUUAUCAAACUCAGUUAAUUUUAGGAAUAAAGAAAUUUAGAAACUGUUGGUAAUAUGUUUUAGAAUGCAAGAAUAUAUUUAAGAAAUCUUAAUGUCAAAGUUCCAAAAUUAGCAAACAAAUAAGGAAUAGUCGAUUUUGAAAUUAAAUAAGUAACUAAUAAUAUUCUGAGUACUCAUAAUAUGAGUGUUGAAGACUUUUACUUUAUGCUAAAUUAAGUUUCUGAGUCUGCUUAUAGGAGGAACCUAAAUUCUCCAAAUCCACAUUAUGAAGAAUUAUUCACGUCUGGGUUUUUGAGAUUAAAUAUCUUGUAAGUAGCUAAGCAAAUCGAUAACUUAGUAAUUUAAAUUAUUGAAAAUACUAUUUCCUCUUAAAAUUAGAUAGUAGUUAAUUUUUAAACAUUGAUACUCAUAGAGCUAUUCCUAAUAUUACUUUUAAUGGUGUCACAAUUAAAAUUUUGGAUAUUCAUUGAUAAAUUACAAAAGUCCAUCCUAUUUCUAGUUUCUCAUUUAAAUGAAAAUUAAGCAGUCGAGUAAAUUGUUAAAUUGAUGGCUGUCAAAUCAAUUAUAGACUUGAAAAUUUCUUAAAAUUGGAAAAUUGAGAACUUUUCUUAGAUAAUGAUGGAAAAUGAUGGAAAGAAGAAGAAUAAGCAAAAGUAAACUGAACCCUUUGGCAAGCCAAAUAGCUCUGAAUCUUCUCUAACUUCAAGAAUUUAAAAAACCAAUCACAUCACAAAGAUUAAUUAUAUCAUUAUCUUAUUGAUUAUUAUCAUCUGGAUUGCAUAUAUACUAACUAGUUAUAUAUUGUUUGUCAAAAAUAAUGAUGACUUUUAACCAUCCCUUUAUGCAACUCUAAAAUAUGGGUAAUUUAGAAUCAAAAUGGAUAUUGUAACUCUUUUGGGUGGGCUGAUAAAAACAGAAAAUUUAGUACCAGGAAAUAAUUUAUCUUUUAUAAACUAAACUGAGACUCUAAUUUUAUUUAAAGACUGUAAGGAUUCAUUAUUAUCGAUGAUAAACGAAGUUUCAACGACAAUCUUAGAAAAUGCAUAAAAAAAUAACUAAGUGAGUCCUUUUGAUGGAUUUUUGAAUGAUGACAUUUGUCAAAUAAAGUCUUGGGAAUAGAUUAAAGCUUGCGAUCCUUCCAAAUAAAACCUUCCUUAUUCUAGGUACUUAACAUCUUUAUAAAUUAUUAAGCAAAGACUCAAUGCACAAUCUUGUUUUAAAUGGUAUCUUGGGUUACACAGCCUCCUUAGUAAAAUACAUAGAAUAAGAUUAUAAUUGGGAAUUGAAUUCUCUUUCAUAUAAUAACUAAGAUGAAAAUACAGAGACAAUCUAGGGCCAAGCCUUUUAAAAUUAUUUUCUAUCCUAUUUUUGCGAUACAUAGGACACUUUCUGUGAUUUUUUGACUUUAUUUAAAGUUGAUAACUCUAACAUCGCCCAUGGCAUUAUAAACUUAAUGGAAAUCUACUACUUACUAUUAGGAUGUUUGUAAAAUAUCUGAAUUAAUUUAAGCUACUUCCUUUUUAUGUUAAUUCUAUCCUCAAUCUGGAUAAUCUGGGAAUAAAAAAAAAUGAUGUCCCUGAGAUAAAUAUUAGUGCUCAUUCCUCAAGACAUAUUGUAAAACCAAAAUAUGAAAAAUAGACUUAAACUAAUAUUUGCAUGGUUAUAUUGA